UUCUUACGCGUAAUUAGCAGGGGACAUGGAGUUCACAAUUGAAUAGGGCAAAUUUGUGCAAUUGGCUGUAGCAAUUCAGGUUUCACUGGAAAAUCAUUUUAGUUUUUCAGUUUGAAAAUAAAGUAUGAGUCGAAAAAGAUGGGAAGCAGAAACCUAUCACUCAAAAGAUUUCGAUUGGGACAAAUUCAGAGAAGAAGUAGAACAGAACCCCUCAUAUCAGUUCCAUUUCCUCCCUUUUUCAAAGGUGUUUACUCAAAUUGAAGAAGCUCAGCGAGAUUCCGAAGCUUGGGAUCGAUUUCAUGCCCGCCAUUCUACCGGCAAGUUCUUCAAGGAGAGGCGAUACUUGCUGAAGGAAUUCCCAGAACUAGCUUCAUGCGCUGACAAUUCUAAGGUUUUGGAGGUGGGAUGUGGCAAUGGCAGUACUGCUUUACCUAUAUUGUGUGGACGAGAGGGCAUCAUUUUAUAUGCCUGUGAUUGUAGUAAUGAGGCUCUUGAGAGGACUAAAGAGAUUAUUACUGCUUCUACAUCUAUAUCUGCUAUGCAUCGCUUUCACCCAUUCCUUUGUGAUUUUUCAACAACUGGAUUUCCCUCAUGGUUGGCCAGCAACACCUGCUCAGAAAGCUCCUUUAACGGGCAUCUUUCAGGAUCUUUAGAGGCUUAUGCUGGUGGUAACUCUGAUGAAGCAAAAGGCUGCAUUGGUGGAGUAGAUUUCGUCACAUUGAUAUUCACUUUGUCAGCCCUUCCCCUCGAUAGGAUGCCCAAGGCCAUCAAAGAGUGCUUUGAUAUUUUAAGGCCAGGGGGCAAGCUUUUAUUUAGAGACUAUGGGAUUUGUGAUAUGACUAUGCUUCGAUUUGAUCCUCAACAAAGAAUAGGAUAUAGAGAGUACUUGCGGUCAGAUGGAACACGAUCUUAUUUCUUCUGCUUGGAUACUGUUAGAAGUUUAACUUCUGCUGCCGGUUUCAUUGAGGUUGAGCUUGAAUACUGCUGUAUCAGUGCAGUCAAUCGGCGGAAGGGAAAGACGAUGAAAAGAGUAUUUGUUCACGGAAAGUUCCGGAAGCCUGCCCUCAAAUAAAAUCACCCAUACUUAUCUCUCACCCUCUCUAUUUACUAAACAAUAAAUUGUACACGCUCGAUUGUGUGUUUGAUUGCACUAUUUUCCAUUUA